AUCAGAAACCUCCAUGAUCUACCAAAGUACUCUUCUUAUUUGCUUCUCCCUCAGAUGACUGAAUACAACAUUCUUCAGAAAGUAUGCAAACAUCUGAGAGAUUUCUAUCCUAUCCUCGCGGCCAACAAAACAAGUAGUACUGAAUAUCUCUAUCCUUGGUUCCAAUUGACUGUUGAUAGAGUAACAAAAUUAUGUUUUGAUCUUUGGACUGGACAGUAUAAAAGAUAUAAUGACAUCUCUCAAUGCUCUUCCGUGAUCACUUCUGUACUCAUCGACAUAAUCCCUCUUGAGCUGGAGGUUCUAUACAUUUGUACUUUUAAGCUCAUGAAAGAAUCAAGCUCAACUCAUGAACUACAAGUCUUUGUUAAGCAAAUCCUAAAAGCAUCUCCAAGGAUUCUUCAAAAUUAUCUGAUUCUUCUUCAAGGACGCAUGGCCGGUGUAGUAACUGUCAAUUAUGCUCCAACUCAAAGCAUUAAUCUCAUGAUGGAGUUCCUAUUGAUCUUUCUAACCGAUAUACCAAAGAGCUUUAUCCAUUCUGGCAAAUUGAACGAUAUGUUGGCACAUAUCAGAGUACUUACAAGGAAGAUAUCUAUUCUGGUGAGCAAGCUGUUGGAGGAGAGCUCAGAGAAUAAUAUCAAUAAAGCGGAUUUUUCAGCUCCAGACUUUUUGCAAGAAAUUGAACGAAUGAAGGGAGAUAUCAGACAGAUUUUCUUGAAAGCCCCAGAGUCAUCUCAACUUCGCUUUCCUAUGGAUGAUGGUUUCUUCUUCAUGAAUAUUCUACUCAGACAUUUAAAUGAUUUACUCAUUUCCAAUGCUUAUUCAGUUUCUCUGAUAAAGAACGAAAUAGGGAUGGUGAAAGAAUACCUUGAAUUCCUAAGAUCAUCUUUCGGCAAAGUCAGCCAAACAUUGGAUGACACUAGUGGAGUAGUUAAAGAUUGUUGGGUGCGUGCUUUAGAUGUGGCAUAUGAGGUCAUUAAUUGCAUUCUUGUCAGAGAUAAAGCUCUCUCGCAUCUCAUCUUCUCACUUCCGAGUGUCACUGAUAAGAUAAAGCUUAUCGUGGCACAAGUCACCAGUUUACAGCUGGAGGAUAAGAAUGGGGAUCACCCCCUUGAUGCAAAGUCUUUCGUCGAGCCAAUUGAGUCAACCUCAUCACUUUUUGUUGAGGUAACAGUAGGUCCUGAGAAAGAAGAAUCCCAGAUCAUUGACCAGCUCCUUGAUGAACAUGAAUCUGAGCUUGAUGUCAUUUCGAUUGUCGGAAUGCCAGGACUCGGUAAAACAACUCUGGCUAAAAAAGUGUAUAACAAUACAUUAGUUGCUAGUCAUUUCAAGAUUCGUGCUUGGUGCACUGUUUCCCAAAAGUAUAACAAGUCAAAGGUGUUGUGGGAGAUUCUUCAGCAAGUUACUGGCUCGGAAGAAAAAGGAAGUGAGGAUGACCUUGCUGAAAAGCUACGAAGAGCACUACUCGAUAAAAGGUACCUCAUUGUCUUGGAUGAUGUGUGGGAUAUUGCAACAGGAGAGAUGUUAAUAUCAUGUUUUCCAAAGUUUAAUAGAGGAAAUAGAAUUAUUUUAACUAGCCGAAUUAGUAAGGUAGGUUCGCAAGUUAAAUGCCGUACUGAUCCUCUCGACCUCCAAGUUUUAACACCUGAAAGUUGGGAACUAUUCGAAAAAAGGGUAUUUGGAGAAGGAAGCUGCCCUGCUGAACUGUCAGAUGUUGGACACAAAAUAGUUAAGAAAUGUAAAGGACUUCCCUUGGCUAUUGUUUUGAUUGCUGGAGUAAUUGUUAGAGGAAAGAAAAAGGAAAAGGAUUUGUGGCUUAAGAUUCAAGAUAAUCUGGAUUCCUUUAUUUCUGCCAACAUCAAUUUGCAGAUGAUGAAGGUUAUGCAAUUAAGUUAUGACCAUUGACCAUACCACCUGAAGCUGUUGUUACUUUACUUCGCAAGAUCUCAAAAGAACAAACGAACUCCGGUUUCUAAGUUAAAGCAGUUGUGGAUGGCCGAAGGGUUGGUGGAUCAUGAUAUCCCAUCCAAGAGUAGUUUAGAGGAAGUAACUCAAAGUUACUUGGAUGCUUUAAUUUCCAGUAGCCUGAUAAUGGUUGAUCAUAUCCUCUGCAAGAAGAGUAUGCCUUUUUCUGUUAGGAUCAAGGUUUGCUAUGUGCAUGAUGUUGUGCACGAUUUUUGUUCAGAAAAAGCCAAAAAGGCAAAGUUUUUCAAGUUAAUGAAUUCAGGUGCUCGAUUUCAUGCUUCGGAUUUCCUACACCAUCGUCUAACCAUUCAUUCUAACGACGGUCAACUCCACAAAAGAUGUACGUUAUUCAAUUAUAAUAAGUGUUCAGCUGGUAGUAAGCAUCUCAUAUCUUUGAAAGUUAGCGGUUCGCAUCUCAACUCCAGGUAUAUCUGUCAUACAAGCCCCUUUGGACUUGCUAGAGUGUUGCAACUGGAUAGGGUUAUGCUGGAAGACUCUUUAAUGGAAGAAAUAGGGUCCCUAUUUCAUUUGAGGUUCUUAAGGAUUCGGACUCUUGAUGUAAAAGCUAUUCCACUGUCGUGGUUGAACCUCCAGAAUCUGGAAACUCUGAUCAUCAAAACGAGAGUUUCCAUCAUUGUUUUACUGCCCAGAAUAUUCAAACUGUCAAAGCUGAAACAUGUGAAAAUUGACUUUUGUUCUUUCUUUGAAGUGGAAGAGGAGGAGGAAGAGGAAAUGGAUGUGGACAAUAUUAUGCAUCAACCAAAGUUAGAGCACUUGACAACUUUAUCCAAAGUUGUUAUGUCAGAUCAUGAAGCCACGAGUGAUGUUCUGGAGAAGUUCCCAAAUCUUCAGCACCUUCAGUGCCACAUCAAGGAACCUAUAGAUCCACCUACACACGGCUAUUGGUUUCCGAAGCUUGAUGUCCUUAAUAAACUUGAAUCACUCAUUGCAAUGUACGAAGAUAUCAGAAGCUAUGAAUAUCCCGAGUUAACAGACAAAAUCCGACAACCCAAUGAAUAUUACUUCCCUAACAACUUGAAAGAGUUACAGUUGUAUAGCUUUCCCCUGCUGAGACCUGAUUUGUUGUCAGCAAUCGCAGCAUUGCCUGAGCUUGAAAUUCUAGAGUUUAUGCACUGUAAAUUCGUGGAGGAUGAGUGGGACGCAAGUGAGGGCAUCUAUCAAAGUCUUAAGACUCUGUCUUUGCUAAUGGUCAACCUUUCAGAAUGGCAAGUUGAUACGGAAACUUUUCCCAAACUUGAGGAAUUAAUACUAAAACAUUGUGACCAUCUUUGGGAGAUCCCUUGUGCAUUUAUGGAUAUACACACUUUAAAGUCCAUUCAUUUAACUAAUAUUAAUCCUGAACUUGAAGAUUCAGCCAUUAAGAUUAAGAAUGAUAUAGCAGCUUACACAGGAGAGGACAGACUUCAAGUCCAUAUAUCAGAUGUGUAUGAAGAAGAAGAGGAUGAAACAGAGAAUGCCCAAAGCACACAAGGAUAGAACAACAAUGAAGAAAGAAACAACUCAUUUGCAUUUGCAGUCUCAGUUCAUCUGAUUAAUAGUUCUAAUAAA